ACCCCAUAUUUAUAAUUGUAUUUUUCUCGAUGGGAAAAAAGAAAAGAAAAACAACAACUUCACCAACAAAGCCAGAUGGGAUAACCUCCUCAUGGUCGCUAUAACGUGGCUCGCGCUCUCGGUGGGGCGCGUGCAGUGAAAUCAAACACCUGCACGAUCAAACAUCAGCAGCGCGAUGAGCACCGGCACCCCCAAACCACUGCCGUCCUCCGGGCAGAAAUCUCUGCAGGACAUCUGUCACCCGCUGUCCGCGGACGAGUCCGCGCUGAGUCUCCACAACAGCAGCACCGUAGCGAAGGACCUGAUCCUGCCCAAUGGGACUCUGUUAGACACAUCAAGUCCCGCCUCCUCCUCUUCUCUACUAAACCGACUACAGCUAGAUGAUGAUUUGGACGGAGAGACACGUGACCUGUUUGUGAUUGUAGACGACCCCAAGAAACACGUAUCCACCAUGGAGACAUACAUCACCUACAGAGUGUGCACAAAGACCACCAGAACAGAGUUUGACCUGCCCGAGUACUCGGUAAGACGGCGCUACCAAGACUUUGACUGGCUGAGGAACAAAUUAGAAGAGAGUCAACCCACCCACCUUAUUCCACCCUUGCCUGAGAAGUUUGUGAUGAAGGGAGUGGUGGAUCGGUUUUCAGAGGAGUUUGUGGAGACCAGGAAGAAGGCACUUGAUAAGUUCCUCAAACGUGUAGCAGACCACCCGGUCCUCUCUUUCAACGAACACUUUAAUGCCUUUCUCUCAGCGAAGGACUUGAAUAAGCGUCUGGGUCUGGCUCUGCUCACUAAAAUGGGGGAAUCUGUGAAGUAUGUCACUGGUGGUUAUAAACUGAGGGGGCGGCCGAUAGAGUUUGCAGCCAUGGGUGACUACCUGGAGGUGUUCACACAGAAACUGGGCACCAUAGACAGGAUAGCACAGAGGAUCAUCAAAGAGCAAUUGGAAUACCUGGCAGAGUUAAGGGAAUACGGGCCUGUGUACUCUUCCUGGGCGUCUUUUGAGGAAGAUCUUCAUGAUCCUCUGGAGGGUGUGGCAGGACACGUGUCAAACUGCUCCAGCGCUCUGGAGGAGCUCACGGAGGACAUGAGCGAGGACUUCCUGCCUGUGCUCAGAGAAUACGUCCUCUAUAUCGAAGCAAUGAAGAAUGUACUUAAGAAGAGAGACCAAGUCCAGGCAGAAUACGAAACAAAACUGGAAACAGUGGUGUUCAGAGAAGACAAAAAGACACUGGUGCCCACUGAUGUGGAGAGAUGUCAGGACCGUUUGGAGUGCUUCAAUGCCGACCUGAAGGCCGACUGGGACCGCUGGCAAAACAACAAACGACAGGACUUCAGACAGCUGCUCACAGGAAUGGCCGACAAAAACAUCCAGUACUAUGAGAAGUGCCUUGCAUCAUGGGAGUCCCUCAUUCCUUUGUUACAAGACAAACAAGAAGCAAAAGGUGAAACGAACUGAGCAUGUAUUUCACCUGCUCUCUCUGUCACUGUUAAGGCUGAAAAGUCAUGAACAUGUGAGCUGCCUUUGGACCCGUCCAACACGAUCAAAGAUUUCACGUGACAGCCAGGAAAGGAAAGCUACCGGAUGGACAAGCUGCAAGAAUGACAUUUUUGUAAAGUGUCUCUAUUUGUGAAACCUCACCCAGCCAAACCCUCUCUCUUUCUCUGGCGGUUUGUUGAAGGAGAAUCUGUAAUUUUCUCUUAUCUGAAGCUAGAACUGCAGAACCACGGAUCUGGGAACAUUUAAACGGUUGUGGCGUGGAGGGGAAUUCAAAAGGGAAGGAAGUUUUCUUGAAGUCAACAAAUUUGUAGUUUUAGUCGAAUGUUUGCCAAUAAUCCUUUUGUAAAUGCUUGUCUUUUGAAGAUGUCCAUCCAAGGGAACAAAGAUGUAUGUUUUGGCUUAGUUUUUUUGUUGAGUCUAUGAAGAGUCUGCCAACAUUCCUAUUGCCAAAGAUGUGGAACUGAAGUCUGAUAUCUCAUUUAAAAAAAGAAACAAAAAACACUUGCCUCAUUAUACUCUCAAUUUGGUCAUUAGUUGAAAUGAAGUCUUUUUUUUUUUUGGUUGCUAUUCUUGACCUCAUUAAAUAUUUAUGAUAAAAUGUGUGUCAUAAUGAUUUGUACCUGUCUUAAUAGGGCCAGUAUACUUUUUUUUUAGUAGUCUGUGAUGUUUUUGUGUCAACAGACAUAACUCACGAAACUCUGGGAUGUUAAUAUGGAGUGGUUUGUCACCAAUGGUCUACUGUAAUACACCAAUUUCGAAAAAGCUUUUCAUAAAUGUAUAGUUACAAA